ACACGUUUGAAUAUGACGAAAUGUGUUUUCUUAGGUGAAUUAAUAUCGUGACCCAUAUAUAGUUUAUCCGAAGCUUCCAAGCUGACCUUCAUUGUUUUGUCGCGUGAUUACUGAGACAAGCUGUGAUUUCUCGGACUUUGAAUUCUUUGGGUUUGUUUUCUUACUAAAUCAGUGCAGUGCUCAGCAAACUUCUCCAAAAAUACAGCACAUUUUUCUCCUAAAUAAUGUCGACACGCGGUAAUUACGCCUUGUCCGACUUUAUAAGACUGGAGAAAAUCGGCGAAGGCACAUACGGAGUGGUGUAUAAAUGUAAAAACAAAGUCAACGGUAAAUUUGCUGCACUUAAAAAGAUACGUCUCGAAAAUGACGAGGAGGGUGUUCCUUCGACGGCUAUUCGGGAAAUAUCACUCCUAAAAGAAUUACAACAUCCUAACAUCGUGAAUCUCGAGCAGGUAAUCAUGGAGAAUGGAAGACUAUACUUAGUUUUUGAGUACCUAAAUUUGGAUUUAAAACGCUACUUGGAUGACAGUGGAAGAAAAAACUUACUCGAACCUGGUAUUGUUAAGAGCUUCAUGUAUCAAAUGCUACAAGGUCUAUUGUUUUGUCACGGCAGGCGAGUUAUUCACAGGGAUCUAAAGCCCCAAAAUAUCCUGGUUGACAUUGGAAGAAAAAUUGUCAAACUUGCAGAUUUCGGUUUGGCUCGUGCUUUUGGAAUUCCUGUUCGUGUACUAACUCAUGAGGUUGUUACUUUAUGGUAUCGAGCUCCAGAAAUCUUGCUUGGGGCUCAAAGGUAUUCUUGUGCCGUAGAUAUUUGGUCUAUGGGCUGUAUCUUUUCUGAGGUCUCAACAAAAGAAGCUUUAUUUCGAGGAGAUUCGGAAAUAGAUCAACUUUUUCGCAUUUUCCGGCUCCUUGGUACGCCAUCAGAAGAAGUUUGGCCAGGAGUUUCAAGUUUACCGGAAUAUCAAAAGAAAAGUUUUCCUAUUUGGCGCAAUUCAAAGUUGUCUAUUCAAGAUAAUAUAGCUAAAGCCUUCACCAGUCCUGGUCUUGAUUUGCUUCAGGCCAUGCUGAUCUAUGAACCUUCGCGACGUAUUACUGCAAGGGAUGCUCUUUUGCAUCCUUAUUUUUCUGACUUGGACAAAUCUCUUGUGCCAGCAACUGGUGAAGAGUACAUUGGUUUGCCAUUAGACCAGUUACCCCGUGAAGUUGCUGCUAUAUUUCUAGCAGAUGGCGGUGAAGUAUAUCAUAAUUCCAACGAUACAGAAAAUAAUACUAGCAAUUUAUGUAUCGCCGUCCAACCUGAUACCGUACAAUUGGGAAGUGCAGCAAUCCCUACAGCGAAAUAUUUGGCUGACUGCAAAAAGCAAGCUCAUCAAACAGUAGGUGCAGUAAAUUCCAAGUCCAGUCACCAUGUGGCACCGUUGGCAGAUAAUCACGAAACUAAUAUGUCAAUUAGCUAGUCAGUAAAACCAGUCAGAAUUUAGCUUUCUCAUUUGCCACAAACCACCAGUUAUUUUCUAAUUUUGUCAUCAUUAUUCCAUUUUCUAUUACUAUGUAAAUGUUAUCCUGAUUAUAUAAGUUGUUAGUGCGUUUUUGUGUUUGUUUCAUAAUUUUUUGUAAUAAAUAUUGCCUACUUCUAA